AUGUCACACGCUAUUCGAGCCGAAAGUCCCAACUGGGACGCGGUGCCACUUCAACCUAACACAGAACCCCGUUGCCGCAGAGCUGCACCGAAAAGCCUGCUGCAGGCGCACUUCCGCGACCACCGCUUGGUGGUCUUCCUGGACUACGACGGCACGCUCACGCCCAUCGUGAACGACCCGGCGCUGGCGCUGCUGUCGCCCGCCAUGAAGGACACGCUCGAGAAGCUGCGCCAGAAGUUCAUCACGGGGGUGAUCACGGGGCGUUCGCUGCACAAGAUCCAGAAAUUCGUGAGCAUCCCGCAGCUCUACUAUGCCGGCAGCCACGGCUUCGACAUUGAAGGUCCCGACGGCACCUCCAUCAAGAACCAAGUGGCAGCGCAGUUUUUGACGGAUCUGCACGAAGUUCGGGACGAGCUGAGCGACCAGAGUAAAAGCAUUGCCGGCGCUGAAGUGGAGGACAACAUUUUCUCGGUGUCCCUGCAUUACCGGAACGUGGAUCCUAGUCUAAGAUCGCAGAUGUCCAACCUAGCCCACACGGUGAGAGACCAACACCCGCGCAUCCGAAUGAGCGAAGGCAAAAUGGUCUACGAAUUCAAGCCCAAGAUCGACUGGAACAAGGGCAAGGCGCUACUGUGGCUGCUGCAGGCGCUUGGGUUAGACGAGCACGAUGACGUUUACACUAUUUAUAUCGGCGAUGACACUACGGACGAGGACGCGUUCCAGCUCUUCCAGGCGCACUACAACCGCAAGGGUGUUGGCAUCGUCGUGACCGAGGAGAGCAAGUCCACGGACGCCUCAUUCACGCUGCGUGACACCAGUGAAGUCUGCGAGUUUCUGAACCGCUUGAUCGCGUGUGGAGACCGCGAGAGGAGCGCACCGAGCAGCCCGCAGCCUACCGGCCCGCCUCCUGCCCAAGCGCAGUAG